AUGGGCCGCGCCGACCAAGAGGAAGAAAGGGAGACACUAAAGUCCAUUUUCCCGGACGAAAUUACAGAUAUAUCAGAACAUACGUACCGGAUAUCAAUCGUUCUAGACGUCAGCCAUCAUGGGGAAGACUACUCCGAUCCUCCAGUUCUCAUUCUUCAAGUAACCUAUCCGGAAGAUUACCCUGAUGUCGCUCCUCACCUUGAAGUAUCCGCCCCUCCUAAUGCCCCGAAAUACCCACAUCUUGAUAUACAGGAAGACCGAGAUCGACUUCUAGAGUCACUUCAAACUACGAUUGAAGAGAAUCUGGGAAUGCAGAUGAUAUUUACGCUCGUCGAUAUGCUGAAAGAGGGUGCGGAGCUACUUAUUUCAGAGCGUCGCGAAGCCAUUCAAGCGUUAAAAGAAUUUGAAGCGGCCAAGGCGGAGGAAGAGGAGAACCGAAAAUUCCAGGGUGAGGCUGUGACAAGAGAAAGCUUCCUUGCAUGGCGGGAGAAUUUCCAGAAGGAGAUAGAAGAAGAAGAAAAGAGGAAACAGGAGGAACGAGAAGCAGAGGAGAAAAAGAAGAAAGGAGCUACUAAAGAGCCGAAAAAGCUCACCGGCAAACAGCUAUGGGAGAGGGGCCUUGCUGGAAAGGCAGAUUAUGACGAGGAGGAUCCGUUACCGGCAAAAUUAGCUAGUGUGGACUUAAAAGCAUGACAAGUGCUCCAACGCUGCCAGGGAUUAUACGGCGAGCCGGUUGAAACGAGCUGUGUGAUCUCUUCAGAUUUGGAUAUAUUAUAGCGCUGAACUUUCUUCUGUUCAUACAGUACACCCUUUUGAUGCGCAGAAUACAAGUCAUGCCUUCCUCGUGC